AUGGCGUACUUGGUCUUCUUUCUUAAUGUAACUAUCGCUGUUCUGUGCACUAUCGCCGCAAAAUUAGUGAUCGGCAUCGGCGAGGUAAGGAUGUGGACCACCGCCCUGUUCACACGCCAGGGCACGCGUACAGUCGUGCACAAACAGCUUUGGAAACAACCUAUAAGCUUAAUGACCAAUGCACGGCACUGCGAUAUGUCGUGGUUCCAGACGUUCCUCGCCCUGGCUGAACACUGCGCAGUCGAGUGCACUCGCCUUUAUGCUGCUUUGAGCCAUGAGCAAUCGCCACCGAGGGUUGCAAUUCAUGCCAUCCCGGUGCAUUUCCUGCGGUUA